AUGUCUGUCCUUGGGCUCUUGUACAGCUACUCCGCCUGGAGUCCAGCCGUGCUGGCCGUGCUGGCCGUGCUGACACCGCUGGUCUACUAUUUCUACCCCUAUCUCUUCACAUAUGCAGCUCUGCGAUCGCUGCCUGCACCGUUCCCAGCCCAGUUUACCAACUGGUGGCUGCUGUCUGUCUGUCGGCGCGGCAAUCGCUACCUUGUCGUCGACGACCUGCACAAGAAGCUCGGUCCCGUUGUGCGCAUUCAGCCCAACCACGUGAGCAUCAACGACGAUGCGGCCAUCAACACCAUCUACGGCCACGGCAACGGCUUUCUCAAGAGUGACUACUAUGACGCCUUUGUGAGCAUCCAGCGCGGCCUAUUCAACACGCGUGACCGCGCCCAGCACACGCGCAAGCGCAAGAUUGUCGCGCACACCUUCUCGCCCAAGUCGGUCACACAGUUCGAGCCCUUUAUCCACCACAACCUCGAGCUCUUUGUGCAGCAAUGGGACCGGAUGAUCGCCGAGGGCACGGGCAGCACGGGUGCGGGCGCGGCUACGCUGGACUGCCUCAACUGGUUCAACUAUUUGGCUUUUGACGUGAUCGGCGACCUGGCUUUUGGUGCGCCCUUUGGUAUGCUCUCGAGCGGCGCCGAUAUUGCCGAGGUGCGGGCCUCGGCCGACAGCCCACCGGUGUACGCGUCCGCGAUUGAGAUUCUGAACCGGCGCGGCGAGGUCUCGGCGGCGAUUGGGAUUCUGCCGGCCCUGAAGCCGUGGGCCUCCUGGAUGCCGGACCCGUUCUUCCGCAACGGGUCCAAGUCUGUCCAGCAGCUGGCCGGGAUUGCUAUCGCCCGCGUGCGCGAGCGUCUGGAGCGCCAGCCGUAUGGCAAGGACCUCGAGAACGGCCGGAAGGAUCUGCUGGCCCGUCUGAUGGAGGGCCGCGACGACAACGGCGCCCCGCUCGGCCGCGAGGAGCUCACGGCCGAGGCUCUGACCCAGCUGAUCGCCGGCAGCGACACCACCUCCAACUCGUCGUGUGCCCUGCUCUUCCACGUCGUCCGCACCGACGGCGGCCGCGUGCUGCGCCGCCUGCAGGCCGAGCUCGAUGCCGCUCUGCCGGCCGGCAAGGACGUGCCCACCUUUGACGACGUCCGCAACCUGCCCUAUCUCCAGUCCGUCCUCAACGAGACCCUGCGCCACCACUCCACCUCUGGCAUCGGUCUGCCGCGCCAGAUCCCCGCCGAUAGCGCCGGCAUCACCCUGCACGGUCACUACUUCCCGCCCGGCACCGUGCUCAGCAUCCCGACGUACUCGAUCCACCACUCGACCGACAUCUGGGGCCCCGACGCCAACGAGUUCCGGCCCGAGCGCUGGGAGAACGUGACGACGCGCCAGCGCAACGCCUUCAUCCCCUUCAGCCACGGCCCGCGCGCUUGUGUCGGCCGCAACGUCGCUGAGAUGGAGAUGAAGCUCAUCAUCGCCACCUGGGCCCGUCGCUACGAUGUCCGCCUGCUGCAGGACUACCUCGGCACCAGCGAGGGCUUCUUGCGCAAGCCGCUGGGCCUCGACAUCGAAAUCCGGAGGCGGCAAUAG